GAUGGCGGAUUUCUCGGACGUCGAAGAUGUAGCGUAUUCCACUCCUUUACCGACUAUCAACCAGCGUUUAGGUCACCUGAAACCAUCCAGAGAACUGUUAGAGUAUUAUAGGAAAAAGAUAGCAGAAUAUGACGGUGAACAUGAGAAUGUAACGAGAAAAUUGGAGGAAUAUAAAUGUACCUACGAAGAGCAGCACAAGAUGCACUGGGAAAUGAGGCAGCGUGAAGAAGAGAUCAAAGAACUUCAGAAAGCUUUGAGUGACAUGCAGGUGUAUCUGUUUCAAGAAAGAGAGUACGUUCUACGACUGUACGCUGAGAAUGAUCGUUUGAAAAUACGAGAGAUCGAGGACAGAAAGAGGAUACAGCAUCUUCUCACUUUAACACAUCCUUUAGGAGGAGAGAUUACGUACUUUCGUAAGAAGACUUCGGAGAAACCCGUUGUUGUAAAACACAAGAACGUAAAAGGGCGGAAUGCGUUGGAGGGUCGAGGGCCAGGAGGCCACAAGAAAGAUCCGACGCAACAAACGUCACGCAGUAAAACACACGCGCAUGGAAAUGUUAGUCCUACCCCUGAAGAAGACAAUCAGACAUUACUAUUACAAAUCGAGUCUCUUCAAGCUCAACUAGAAGAACAAACAAAACUUUCCAGGGAAGAAAUUGAAGGUCUUCUUGAGGAUAAAAGGGUACGUAACGAGGAACACAAUGCUUCGACGGAACGAGAUCAAGACAAGAUCAAGAGUCUGACAGAAAAGCUUCACCAAACUCAAGACUUGUUGUAUCAAAGUACAAAGGAUUUUCUCGAGUUAAAGUAUGAUCUAAGAGCACGGGAGAGACAGUGGAUGAUAGAUAGGGAUAGAUUGGUACAAGAAAUUGAGCAUUUUAGGCAACAGGUGGAUGUGUCAGGCAGCAGUGUACUAGAGGCUACCGGAGUAUCUGUGGAACCCCAGGUCGCACAACUACAGACAAUCCAGUCACUAAAGGAUCAGGUUGAGCAGGCGCAGAAACUCGCAGACAUGUAUCGUGAACAGUGCAUUGGUCUGGAAGAUGAGUUGGGGCGAAUCAAGGAAGAGACUGAUGUUGGACGGGAAUUAUUUAAAGAAAGGAAUGAUAAAGUUAGCAGAAGACUGACAUUGAUGAAUCAAAGAUACAAUGCCUUGGAAAAGAGACGAACGUUGGAAGUCGAAGGGUUUAAGAACGAUAUCAAAAUGCUGAGAAAUAAACUGAAAAAUGUCGAGAAACAUUUGUUCAAGGUAACUGUGGACGUCCCAAUAGACGGCGAUGUUGAUCAAGAAGUACUACGCAAUGUUCAUGCUACGACAGCAAGAUCGAAAUAUUUAGUUGGAGAACUCCACCACCUUAAAGCUAAAAUUUACUCCUUGGAAAACGAUCUAAGACAUUGUGGAUAAAUAACUAAAAACUGCUAUUUUUUAAUGUAUUUUUGUAUAAUAAAGACAAGCGUUACU